CCACCACGAGCUCCAUGGCGCUCAGCGUCGGUGUCCGGCGGCUCUCCCAGCUGCCGGGCCAUGGCGAGCGGCAGGUCCAUCUCAGCUUCCGAGGCUUCACCCAGAAGACAAGAAAGGUCUGCUGUGGCCCAGAGGCCAUCUUCAAGGAGCUCUUUCAUUGGCCGCACUAUGGGAAGCUUGUAAUGGGUGAAGUGCUGUCCAUUAAAGUUUACAACUGCAGCAAGGUUUUCAGUAACAGGCUGCUUGGUACCCUUGUCCUCAGCCUUCAGCACCUGAUGACAUCUGGAAGGCUAAUCCUGCGUGAGUCCCUUGUGGACAAGAGCAACAGAGUCACUGAUAUCUACAUUGAGUUGGAUUUGCGCUACCAGCCUCCAAAUAGCUCAGCGGGGAGCUGGGUUGAAGAGGAUUUUGUCUAUCUUAUGAAAGACAGUUCAGAGUUAAUCAUCCACAAUCCUGGAUUUGAGCAGCUGGAGACUGCCGAGUGUCUGAGAGCGAAGGAACUGGACAAGGAGGCUGCUGCACUAGGCAGGAAGCUGGCAAAAGGUCUGGAGACUGAGGAAGAAGAGGAAGAGGAGGAAGAUUUCUAUGAUACAUCUGAGACUGAGGCUUCGGGCAUCAUCUUCAGCCCUGUGAAGAGCCGCUCCAGACUCUGCUCUGCACGGGACCUCUUUGCCAUUCCAACACCACAGAGUUUCCAGGUUGGGAUUAAUGUAAUUGAAGCACAGAAGUUGGUGGGGGUGAACAUCAACCCCUUUGUUGUAGUCAAGGUGGGAGAAGAAAAGAGGCACACAGCAACACAGAAGUCAACAAACUGCCCCUUCUACAACGAAUAUUUUUUGUUUGACUUCUAUGAGCCAAGGGACAUUUUAUUGCACAGACUCAUAGAGAUCUCGGUUUUUCACUCAAAGAAGAUACCAUUUCUGGGAACUUGCAUAGGAACAUUCAAGAUGGAUGUUGAGACAGUGUACAACCAGCCAGAUCACAGGUUUUUCCAGAAGUGGGCAGUUAUCAGUGACCCCAUGGACACCCGGGCAGGUGUGAAAGGCUUUGUGAAGUGCAACAUCUCUGUUUCUGCACGUGGGGAUAUUGUGGGUUUCCUUCCCACCUAUUCCAGGGACAAGGAUGAGGACAUUGAAAGGAAUCUGCUGCUGCCUAAGAGAGUCCCUGCAGAGAGACCCUGGGCCAGGGUCUGCAUCAAACUCUAUUGUGCUGAGGGCCUGCCCAGCAUGACAGCAGGCAUCAUGGGUGGUAUCUCCAAGAUCAUAGGGGAGAGAAAAGUAUUUAUCGACCCAUAUGUGCAGGUCUCAUUCUGUGGGCAGCAGGGGGAAACGUCAGUAGAGACCAGCACCACUGAGCCCAAGUGGAACGAGCAGAUCAGUUUCAUUGAGAUGUUCCCACCUCUGUCCAGGAAGAUAAAAGUCCAGGUGCUGGAUGAUGCCAGUGUCGGUGAUGUGGCCAUUGCUACACACUACAUUGACCUGCAGGAGAUCUCGGACCCGGACAGGAAUGGCUUUAACCCCACAUUUGGCCCAGCCUGGGUGAACCUGUAUGGCUCCCCCCAGAACUCAACUCUGUGGGAUGCCCACAAAGACCUCAAUGAAGGCAUGGGUGAGGGCAUCUUCUACCGUGGACGCAUCCUCAUGGCCAUCACAGUGGAGAUCUUCAGCAGCCCCAGUGCAGCAGAGAGGAAGCUUGGGUACAGGAUGAGAGGUGCCCUGAGAAAAAUGAAGCUGAAGAAGAAAAGUAAAAAAUCCAAGGAGAAAACUAAAGAACUGAGCCAGCUGCAGGGAGAGGGGGAGGCUGGGAGCUCUCAGGAGGCCGAGCAGCCCAGGGAGGUCACUGUGGAGGUGGAAGAGCUUCAUCCACUCCCUGAGAAUGUGUUGGGGAGAAAGGAUGAAUUCCUUCUCUUUGCUGCCUUCUUUGAAGCCACUAUGAUGGACUCCUCUCUCAGCUCAAAACCUGUCAACUUUGAAGUCUCUAUAGGAAAUUAUGGCAAAUCUGAAGAGGUUGUGACCAAAGGAUGGCAAAAAGCGGAAAAGAGAGACGUGAAAGAAGAAAGGCAGCCUUUAUUGGAUGCUGGUUCAGAUGGUGAGCUGGAUGCUGAAAUCCUGACUCCAGAUUUAGCAGCACUGAACAAAUCAGUUACAAAGAGUCAGAGACCGGAGCCCAUGGAAUAUGACAAGUCAUACAGCUGCCUGCCCAUGACGCAUGAAAAACCCUGCGUGUUCGUAUGGAGCUACUGGGAGGAUCACACCUGGAGACUCUGCAUUUCCAACCGGAUUGUCAAACUGGCAGAGCGCCUGGAGCAGGGGUUGGGUGACGUGGAGAAGCUCUUGAGAAGACCAAAGGCUAAAGCAGAAGAGCGGCUCAGAGAGGUGUUGGAGGAAUUUGUAGGUGGAUGCAGGCAAUAUUCACUCAGUGCAGAGAGAAAAACGAUGGCUCAUCCAAAUAACCUGGACAGAUGUCGGACAAAAUACCUGAUGCGCAACAUUAUCCUGUAUGCAAAGCAGGGGCUCCGUGUGAGGCGGCACCUGACCCGAGACAAUGUCAAGGAGAAAGUUAAGGAGACAAGGAGGAUCCUGGCAAAGAUACGCUCCGUGGCUAAAGAGCCCCAGUGCACUCUCCCUGAUGUACUCAUCUGGAUGCUCAGCAACAACAGGCGUGUGGCGUACUCCAGAAUUCCUGCACAAAACAUCCUCUACUCAGUAGUUGAAGAGGAGAAAGGCAAAGACUGUGCAAAGAUCCAAACUCUCUUUAUGAAGGUCCCUGGCUUACACACUGGUGAGAUCUUUGCCAAACUGGAAAUCUACAUGUGGCUUGGGGUAACCAAAUAUGUGAAAACCUGUUUGGCAGGGCUUCCUGAGGAGUUCCUUUCCGAGAAUGAGCAGGAGAUAGCCCAGUUCUCAGCAUACAGCCCUCCUAGCCUGCUCAGCAGGGAUGAUUUCAGCUAUUUCCAGCUCCGAGCCCAUCUGUAUCAGGCUCGAGGGAUCCUCCCUGCACAUGAUAAUGGCCUUUCAAAUCCAUUUGCAAGAGUGGUGUUUUCAACUCAUUGCCAGCCCACCAGGAUGCUGGAGGAGACACUGAGCCCUAUGUGGAAUGAGCUACUUUUGUUUGACCAGCUCAUUAUUGACGGGAAGAAAGAAGAGUUGAAAACAGAGACCCCCAUCAUUACAAUCAACCUUUUCAGCCACAAUAAAUUUGGCUCCCCUGAGUUCCUCGGGCAGGCCUUUGCUGUCCCACAGGUGAAGCUGGUUGAUGAGUCAUACACCAAACCUGCCCUGCAGUUCUUUGAUUUCUACAGAGGCAGCAAAGCAGCAGGAGAGCUCAUUGCAACUUUUGAGCUGAUCGAGCUCGAUUACAGUGGCUAUUUGGAGCCAUCAGUGCCUGAGGAUGUGGAGCCCAAGGAGCCCGAUUACCUGGAAGACCCCCGUGCUGGACGGUUCAUCAUCCCUGAGGGCAUCCGCCCAGUACUGAAGGAGUUUCGCAUAGAGAUCCUGUUCUGGGGCCUGAGGGACCUGAAGAGAGUGAACUUUUUUGAGGUGGAUGAGCCUCAGGUGAUCAUUGAAUGUGCUGGCAAGAAGGUGGAGUCAGAGGUGAUUGUGUCCUACAAAGAGAACCCCAACUUUACUGAGCUGGUCAAAUACAUGGAUGUGGAGCUCCCAGAGCAGGCAUACCUGCACCCUCCCCUCAGCAUCUUUGUGGUGGAAAAGCGUGCGUUUGGGCACACUGUGCUUGUGGGUAGCCAUGUCGUGUCCGAUGUGAUGAAAUUCUCUCCCAGAGAGUUGGAGGAGGAACCAGAGGAUGUGCCCAAAGCUUGCAAUGUCUCAUCUCACCGUCUUCCAUCUCAGACUGUGGUAAACAUUGGACUGGCAGCUGGAGACCCAGGUUCCAGCACUCACCCCCUUAGUUUUGCGAAGCCUCCUUUGAAGAAAAUUCCUAUCAAUAAGCUUGUAAAGAAGGAAGAUGAAUAUGAAGAGGAAAAACCAGAACUGGAAGAACUAGAUUGGUGGUCCAAGUAUUAUGCAUCCCUGAAAGAGCUGUAUAACCAGGCAUGCAGUGAUGAGGAAGAUGCUGAGAAUGAUGACCUGAAUGAUGCAGAUGGAGGGAAUUUAAAUGCACCUUCCAUUGACAUGGAAACAGAGGAUGAGGCAGUGAUUGAAGCUGAACCUGCUCAACCCAAGAGGAAGCUCAUUGCCACCCUUCAGAUCUACAACUCUGAGCUGGAACAUGAGUUUGGUAAUUUUGAAGACUGGUUGUGUAUUUUCCCCCUUCAUCGUGGCAAAGCAAAUGAAGAUGAAGAUGGAAAUGAGGAUGAACAUUAUGUGGGGAAGUACAAGGGCUCCUUCUAUGUCUACCCCACUGAGGAAGCUGUUACAGAGCCCAAAGUCUCCCAGGGCAUUCCAAGGAACAGACCCAUGAAGGUUCUUGUAAGAGUUUACAUUGUUAAGGCUACAAAUCUGUCUCCAGCAGACCCCAAUGGCAAAGCAGACCCCUAUGUGGUGGUGACUGUGGGGCAACAGCAGAAGGACACCAAGGAGCGAUACAUCCCAAAGCAGCUCAAUCCUGUGUUUGGAGAAGUUGUGGAGCUGACAGUCUCCUUUCCCAUGGAAUCAGAACUCACUGUGGCAAUAUUUGAUCAUGAUUUGGUUGGGUCUGAUGAUCUGAUUGGGGAGACCAAGAUUGACUUGGAGAAUCGAUUCUACAGCAAGCACAGGGCCAACUGUGGAAUGGCUGCGCAGUAUGACUUAAAUGGCUACAACAUGUGGCGAGAUGCUUUUAAACCCACACAGAUCUUGGAUAGUUUAUGCAAGAAAAACUCAAUCCCUGCUGCAGAGUACAGAUGGGAAGAGAUCAAAGUGGACAAUAAAAUAUUCAAGGUCCCUCCAGAGGUUUUUCCUGAAGAGGCUUCUGUGAGGAACAAGAGAGGAGUGGCAGAUGAGAACUUGUCGCUGGAUGUUGAACAUAAGGCUUUGUACAUCCUGCAGCACUGGGAAGAGAUGCCAGGAUAUGGGUACAAGCUAGUACCAGAGCAUGUGGAAACCCGGUCUUUGUACAACCCGGAGAACCCUGGCCUUGUGCAGGGCUCCUUGCACAUGUGGAUUGACAUGUUUCCAAAUGAUGUCCCUGCACCACCACCCGUCAACAUCAAACCACGACUGCCUGUCAGCUAUGAGCUCCGUGUGAUUAUCUGGAACACGGACAAUGUGAUCCUUGAUGAUGUCAACCCAGUAACAGGAGAGCCUUCCAGUGACAUCUAUGUGAAAAGCUGGAUAAAAGGUCUUGACCAUGACAAGCAGGAGACAGAUGUUCACUUUAACUCCUUGACUGGGGAAGGCAAUUUCAACUGGAGGUUCAUCUUCCGCUUCAGUUAUCUCCCAACUGAGAAGGAGAUCACCUACAAGAAAAAGGACUCUGUCUUCUCCAUGGAGGAAUCAGAGUUUCGGGAACCAGCUGUUCUGGUCCUCCAGGUCUGGGAUUAUGACAGGAUUUCAGCUAAUGACUUUCUAGGCUCCAUCGAGCUGAAGCUGCAUGACAUGGUGCGGGCAGCCAAGAGCUCCGAGCAUUGCACCAUCAAAAUGGCCAAGGAGAAUGCAACACCUCGAUUCUCCAUCUUCCGAAAUAAGCGCAUGAGGGGCUGGUGGCCCUUCAUCAAACUCAGAGAUCAAGAAGAUGACGAGCGAGAGGAAAGGGAGUACAAAAAAAAGAAGAAAACGAAGUGGAGCAGCUCAGUCAGACCAGAGGACAUGGAAUUCACAGACCCCACUGGGAACAAGUAUUUCCUGACGGGUAAGGUGGAAGCAGAGCUCCAACUGAUGACUGUGGAGGAGGCUGACAAAAGUCCUGUUGGCUUGGGCCGAAAAGGGCCUGAACCCCUGGAAAAGCCCAAUCGGCCCAAAACAACUUUCAACUGGUUUGUGAAUCCCAUGAAGACCUUUGUGUUUUUUAUCUGGAAGCGGUACAAGAGAUACAUAAUUGUGCUGUUUGUUGUCACUGUUCUGACAAUCUUCCUGGUUCUUCUGAUCUACACCAUGCCUGGAUACAUCAGUGAGAAGAUCAUUAAUGGAUAAAUGCUCUUCAGCAGAAGACUAUUCAAAGACAGGGGUGAUUGUGGCAGGAAUCAAGAUCUUAAGAUCAGAAAGUUUAAUGAAAACCUGCGGGUGCAGAGACAGCCUGAAGAGACAGAGACCUGCAGAAGUGAGCUUUGUUUUCCUCAUGAAUAAAAACUCCUUGGCUACUCUCUCUGAUGCUUGUGCUUUUUAGCUGCUUUCUGGAGCUGGGGGACAACCUGUUUGUGUAGUGCAGGCUGAUCCUAGUUCAGCAGUCCUCACUACUGCCCCUUUGCCCUUCCUCCUGAGUAGGACAGCAGCAAGGACUACACUAGGACAACAUGGACUCAUGAGUGUGCAUCUGUGUUUGGUGUUAGGCUGAUGUAAACUAAAUGAGAAAAUAAAUUCAUAAAAUGUUCUUGGCAUGGUUU